UUAAAUGAUUUUUUCCUACAUAGGUCUUUCAAAUAGUAGAUUAAAGAAAAACAUAAAAGAUUAGUAUUCUGUGACAAGAUUAGUAAGAAUGUCUUUGUAUACUGAGAAUACUUCAGGCCUGGUAAAGAGGAGAACGGAGGCAACCAUGGCUGCUGCUGCUAAUUCAAAACGACAAGCACAAAGUGAUGAUGAUGAUAAUAACAGCGAUUGUGAAAAAAACAUGGAAUCUGAUAAAGAUAUGCGCCUUACUUUGCUAGAGGAGAUAUUGCUCCUUGGAUUAAAGGAUAGGGAGGGUUACACCUCAUUUUGGAAUGAUUGUAUAUCAUCAGGUCUUCGAGGUUGUAUCUUGGUUGAACUUGCUUUAAGAGGAAGAAUACAACUGGAGAAACAACAAGCAAGGAGAAAAUCACUUUUAGUGAGAAAGAUUCGUUCUAAGAACGAUGCUCCAACUGGUGAUGUUAUAUUAGAUGAAGCACUCAAUCACAUUCGUAGAAGUGGAGCUGAAGAAGGCGUGCAAGGUUGGAUUGACCUAUUAUCAGGUGAAACAUGGAAUCCACUGAAAUUACAUUUUCAGUUGCGGAACGUACGUGAAAGGAUUGCUAAGAAUCUUGUUGAGAAAGGUGUCCUCUCAACAGGAAAGCAAAACUUUCUUCUCUUUGACCUCACAACCCACCCAGUGUGUGACGACACAGUGAAGACAAGAUUAAUCAAACGAAUCCAAGAAGCUGUGCUUUCGAAAUGGCCCAAUGAUAUUUCAAAAAUGGACAGACGUACACUUGCCCUCAUUUAUCUUGCACAUGCCAGCGAUGUUCUUGAAAAUGCCUUCCAACCACUUUCUGAUGAAGAUUAUGAUGUUGCGAUGAGACGUGUUCGUCAUCUGCUGGAAAUAGAUGUGGAAGAUCAAUCAACACACAGUAACAAUAACGAACUUAUGUGGGCUGUUGUGUCUGCUUAUUUAAAAUAAUAUACCAAACAUACAGGGGUGGUUGUUCUUAAUGGUAACUGGAGCAUUUUAAUCCUGUACAUAUAUUUGAACGAAAAAGUAGAUUUGCAUUUCCUUACUUUGGUUUAUUUAAGAAGGCUUUCCACUAGCAUUAUGAGGAAGUGUUAUACUUAUGUUGCCAAUGUACAACCACCCCUAUUUUGAAACCAUACUAGAUUGGUAGUUUGCUUAACCAUACUGCACUAUUCUGGACAUUCGUCCUUUUUUUGUUGACCUGUUGUUCGAUAGUUUGCAUAAAAGUGGCGUUUUUAUUUCACAGAUUGUUUUAAAGUAAUGCAAACUUUAUUUAAGUUAAUUUAUAUUUGACCAAGUUUGCUUAAAUGCUAAGUUGGCGCUUAUUGGUUUCCAAACUUAAUGUAGUUGCUCUUUAUUCAGUCACCAUCUAUAAACAAGUGCUGGAAUAUCAUUCUGUUAAUUUUAAAAUUAGUUCCUCCGACCAAAUAUGUAUUCAAGUGUAAAUACAUCCCUCCUGUAGAGUUUUCUUGUAUAUUAACUUUCCUUUGGUAACAGAUUCUUCUACAAACAACAUGAUUCAUUGGUAGAAAUGUAUAAGUUGCUCGCUCAAAAUUAAUUUGGUACACUUAUAUCAUCAUCAUAAUGUUUAAUCGUUACCCGCUCCUUAUGAAGCUUUUACACACUGCAUAUUGUAUUAUGUAAAUCCCACAAAGGUCUUGAAAAAUAUUUUAGAAUUUGUAUGUUAAUUCUAUAUCAACAAUAUAGAGGAAGUUGUUCGCACAGUUCAAUAUGUCCUUUGUCUGUAUUUUCAGGUAUUUUGCGUUUGGAUUCCAUUUAAAAUUGAAAGCAGUGUAAAUAACUUGGUGCCACUUUUAGAACACUUUAGCUUCAUGGGCGAUUCAGCUUCACUAAACGGCAAAUAUGUUUAUUUUACUAGAUUCCUUGUUUGCAAAUUGUUACAGAAUUUUCAUGUGUGAUCCAGAGGUCUUGCAUGCUUUCUACAAGUAGGUCACUGCUACCAUUUAUUGUAUGGCGAUAAAUGUUGUAUGUACCAUUAUUCAUGUAAUAAACAUUAUGUAAUAUAGCUUUCUGCAAA